AUGUUUCCCUACAAGGAAGAAUCCAUGUCCACCAUGCAACAAAUCAAGUCAUCUCGCGAAUCCUUUCGCAAGGGACAACAACUGUAUAUGGAAGCCAAUUACGAGGACAGUUUGGAAGCCUUUUCUCGUGCCGUCCAACUCCAAGAAGUCGUCUUUGGAAAGUACCACAAGGAAACCAUACAGUCGUACUUGGAACAGGGCAAGGCGGCUCUCAAAACUGGGGAUACUCAGAAGGCACUCAAGUCCUUUCAACGGGCGACCCGCAUGGCUAAUGUGUCCUUUCAGAACAAGGCUCUGAAUCGCGACAUGUGGAAGCAAAUUGAGACUUGCUGGUACUCUGUCCAUCCCGAGACGGAUGUCUCUUUGGGAAUCUUGUCGGAGAUUUAUGCCUUGGAAGAGUUGGGAGACAAGGCUGUGAAGCGGCACCAAUACAUCAAGGCGAUUGAACAUUAUUGCGGCGCCUUGUCAUUGCAAGAUAAGUUGGUGGGAAAGGAUUCGUUGGAUGGGGCAGACAUUCGAUACAAGUUGGGAUCGGCUUUGCACAAGACAUCGGCAAUGCCACAAGCCCAAGAAACACUACAAUUGGCCUACAAGUGUUAUGUGGACCAAGUCGGAAAGGACCACCCUGCGACGAUGGGAUGCAUUUCCAAGAUUCAGACCAUUUCUGCGUCAUAG